AUGGCUAAGAUAAGGACUAAGAUGAAGAUUAAGAUGAGGAAUAAGAUGAAGACUAAGAUGAAGACUAAGAUGAAGACUAAGAUGAAGACUAAGGAGAAGACUAAAAUAAUGGCUAAGUUAAAGACUAAAAUGAAUACUAAGAUGAAGGUUAAGAUGAUGACUAAAAUGAGGAUUAAAAUGAGGACUAGGUUGAACACAAAAAUGAAGACUAAGUUGAAGUUUAAAAUGAAGACUAAGAUGAAAACUGAGAUGAAGAUUAAGAUGAGGACUAAGGUAAAGACUAAGAUGAAGACUAAGAUCACCACUAGGAUGAGCACUAAGAUGGAGACUGCAAUGAAGGCUAAAAUGAAGACUAAUAUAAAGACUAAGAUGAAGACUAAUAUAAAGACUAAGAUAAUAGCUAAGAUAAGGACUAAGAUAAAGACUAAGAUGAAGGCUAAGGUGAAGACUAAUAUAAAUACUAAGAUAAUGGCUAAGAUAAGGACUAAGAUGAAGAUUAAGAUUAGGAAUAAGAUGAAGACUAAGAUGAAGACUAAGAUGAAGACUAAGAUGAAGACCAAGAUGAAGACUAAGAUGAAAACUAAAAUGAAGACUAAGACGAAGAUCAAGAUAAGGACUAAGAAGAAGACUAGUAUGAAGAGUAUGAUAAUGGCUAUGUUAAAGGCUAAGAUGAUGACUAAAAUGAAGACUAAGAUGAAGGCUAAAAUGAAGGCUAAGGUGAAGAUUAAACUCAAGACUAAAAUGAGAACUAAGAUGAGGACUAAAAUGAAGACUAAGAUGAAGAUUAGGAUGAAGACUAGGAUGAAGACUAGGAUGAAGACUAAGAUGAAGACUAAGGAGAAGACUAAAAUAAUGGCUAAGUUAAAGACUAAAAUGAAUACUAAGAUUAAGGUUAAGAUGAUGACUAAAAUGAGGAUUAAAAUGAGGACUAGGUUUAACACUAAAAUGAAGACUAAGUUGAAGAUUAAAAUGAAGACCAAGAUGAAAACUGAGAUGAAGAUUAAGAUGAGGACUAAGGUAAAGACUAAGAUGAAGACUAAGAUGAAGACUAAGAUGAAGACUAAGAUAAAGACUAAGAAGAAGACUAGAAUGAUGACUAACAAUAUGACUAAAAUGAAGAUGAAGACUAAGAUCACCACUAGGAUGAACACUACGAUGGAGACUGCAAUGAAGGCUAAGAUGAAGACUAAUAUAAAGACUAAGAUGAAGACUAAUAUAAAGACUAAGAUAAUGGCUAAGAUAAGGACUAAGAUAAAGACUAAGAUGAAGGCUAAAAUGAAGACUAAAAUGAAGACUAAGAUGAAAACUGAGAUGAAGAUUAAGAUGAGGAGUUAG